AUGUCUCAAGACGAAAAUAAGCUAAAGUUAUCUUCCGAGUCUACAAAUAUAAUAGUAGAUGAUCAAAAAGUUAAAGAAGAGACUACAAAUGUAGUAGAAAAAGAAGAUCAUAAACCUCAAUUAUCUUCUGAGAUUAAUAAUGUAGCAUUGGAGGUUUCUGAAGUUGAGAAUGGGCAAAAACCAGAACUUAAUAUAACUAAAACUCAACUUUUUCUAGUUUUUAUUGGUCUUGCGUUAGCUAUAUUUUUAGCCGCUUUAGAUCAAACUAUAGUUGCUACUGCUUUACCAGCUAUUGCAAUUGACUUUAAUGCUUUUGAUCAAAUCUCAUGGGUUGGAACUGCUUAUUUACUUACUGCGACCGCUUUCCAGCCAACUUAUGGUAAACUUUCCGAUAUAUUUGGUCGAAAACCUGUCUUCCUCUCGGCAAUAUUUUUAUUCGAAAUUGGUUCUCUUUUAUGUGGUCUAUCCAUUAAUAUGACCAUGUUAAUCAUAUCGCGUGCUGUUGCAGGUUUAGGUGGAGGUGGUAUUCUCGGACUCGUGUUGAUUAUUAUUUCAGAAAUAGUUCCUAUCCAUGAACGUGGAAAAUAUCAAGGAAUUAUUGGUGGAGUUUUUGGCAUCGCAUCUGUUGUAGGUCCAUUAUUAGGUGUCAUCACCUUUAUUACUGUUAUCUUGUUUUUACACCUUCCAAAUCCCACUGGCUCUCUUUGGUUAAAACUUACGCGCAUUGAUUGGUUCGGUACUUUUACUCUAGUUACCGCUACUAUUCUCUUGUUGUUACCGCUUAAUUGGGCUGGCUCAACAUAUCCAUGGAGCAGUCCUAUUAUUAUAGUUUUAUUAUGUGUAGGAGGUGUUGGAUAUAUUGUGUUUGCUUAUAUUGAAUGGAAGGUUGCUAAAGCUCCUAUUGCUCCUAUAGUUGCAUGUUUUUGUGUAAAUAUCUUUCAUGGGAUGACAUUUUUUGCUCUAGUAUUCUUUAUACCACUUUAUUUUCAAGUUGUAAGAUCUGAAUCAGCUACCACUUCGGGUUUAGAACUUCUCCCUCUUAUAUUGGGUGUAGCUAUUAUGGCUAUCGUUACAGGUCAAUUGGUUUCAAGAACUGUAUUUUUUUCUUAUGGAAUUAUUUGUGCUUUCGGAGGUAUUUUAAUGGCAGUAGGAUCUGGAUUAAUUAGCACGUUUUCUGAAAGUACAACUAGAGGUGAAAUAAUUGGUUAUUCAAUAAUAGCUGGUGUUGGUGCUGGUUCAAUUAUGCAAAUCACUAUAUUAGCUGGACAAGGAAUCGUUGAACGUAAAGAUAUUGCCGUGGUUACUUCAUUGUUGGCAUUUUUCAGAAUUAUGGGUGCAGUUUUCGGUGUAGCAAUCACUGGCACAGUCUUUAAUAAUGUAUUGAAUGAAAAUUUACCUCCACAAUUUCAAAAUCAGAAAUUCACUUCUAGUACAGGACCGGGGGGACCUAUUCCUGAAUUUGUAAUUAAAGCCUUUUUAUUAGCUUUAGAUUCUGGAUUUAGAAUUGUAGUUGUUUUUGCUGGAUUAUCAUUUGUAUCUUCAUUACCUUUAUUAAGAGUUAAACCACACAGAAAUUAUAAUGAAACAGAAAUUAAAUUUUCUCUAGAAUAG